AUGAGUAAUGGUAGAGAAAUGCCCACACUCUCACAACUCAACACCGCUGUCAGUAGAGACAAAGACGUAUCUGACACCUUAUCACCGGACUAUGACAGCAAAGGAAGUGCAAGUGGGCGUGAGGGUGGCAAUUUCCCCAUGUAUAUUGCCAUUAAUGAGUAUUUUAAGCGAAUGGAAGAUGAACUAGAUAUGAAGCCUGGUGACAAGAUCAAAGUGAUAACUGAUGAUGAAGAAUACAAAGAUGGCUGGUAUUUUGGUCGUAACCUAAGGACCAAUGAAGAAGGUUUAUAUCCGGUAGUCUUCACUCAAAAGAUAACGGUGGAAAAAGCUCCGCCUUUGAUGAGAGCCAAGUCUACCAAGAGAAUAUAUAGUCCUUUAGCCAAUGAGGAUCCUCUUCUUUCUAGCACAUUUAUCAAUGAAAACGAUUCAAAUAGUGAACUCCCCACCCCACAACCAAUUGAAACCGCCGCCUCUAUUUCAAGAAAUGCCAAUGUCAAGCUCGGAAGAAACUUGUCUUUAAAGAAUACAAUGAGCGACAUAGACAAUGCAUUACGUGAGCUUGAAGACGAUUCUAUAGGCCCACCGGAUCGUUUCAUCAAUUCGAGUAGGGACGAAGAACAUAGCAUAACCCAUGAAACAAUUCUAUCAGCGACUGAUGGGCUGGAUGUAGUCGAAUCGAACGGUAAUCCAACCACGGGUAGUUCUACAGAGCUGUUAAACGGUGGUUUAGAAAAACAAGCCGCUUUAAUCAAUGGAAUUGAUACUACUAAACUGAACCCUGUAGAAGCAGAGUUUUGGUCACCCGAAGAAAUAACAGCUUAUUUUAUCAUGGAAGGAUACGAUGUUCAAUCUGCAUCCAGGUUCCAGAAACACAAAAUAUCGGGUAAAAUCUUAUUAGAAUUAGAGCUUGUUCAUUUAAAGGAGUUGGAUAUAAAUUCCUUUGGAACAAGAUUUGAGAUUUUCAAAGAAAUUGAGAAGAUCAAAGAGGCCAUUAGAACUAAUGGUCGUUCCUUGAAUAGAGCUAGUAGGACCAAUAACGCUAACGCUUAUAACCAAUUGAUGCCUCCCGCGAACGUUGACCAGAGGGCCUCCUACAGAGGCCAUAUUAGAAAGACUUCUCAAUCAUUAGAGGACCUUCCGUCACAACAGAAUUUCACUCCCACCUCCAACAAUACUAGAAACUCUUCGGCUUCCAAGCACCGGCCUAAAUCUUUAGUUUUUGAUUCACAAGAAGCUAAUGCUAAUAUCACUCCAGAUGUUCAAAUUCCUCAAGUCGUAGAGGAAAUGGCAGGUAGUGAACAUUUGUUUGUUUCCCCGAGAAGGGCACCCAAACCGCCAUCUUAUCCCAGUCCAGCGCAACCUCCAAAAUCGCCUCUAUUAAGCAAUUCAAGGACAUCACCUUCUCCCACCCAACUAUACUCAUGGCAAUCACCUACUUUAUCUUACCCAGGGUCUAAAAAGCCUUCUUAUAUCGAUCAAUAUUCUUCGUCAAAUUCUAAUUCCAAUUCACGUUCUGCACUUUUUAAAAACAAUCAAGGUAGUGGGAAGGCGUUGUCACCUAUUCCAUCCCCCACCCGCAACUCGGUUACGAAUGUUGCAAAUGAUAGUAAAGACAACCAGGCAACGUCCACGAAUAGGAAUUCUGUGGUUUACUGUGAAUAUGCUCCUGAAUCUCCUUCAAACCGAAAAUCUUCUUAUUCUAGCAAUGAGGAAGAGCAGUUUCAAGAAACAAUGAAUACGUUUGAAAGACCGACCUCCAGUAUUUAUGCUGAUGGGUCUACUGUGGCAUCAAUGAAUAAUGACAAAUCAGCACGUGACGAGGAGGGCAAGAAGAAACCAACGAGACACUCCUCCUUAUUAUCUUCUAAAUCAAAAAGUGAUUCCAGGAGGAACUCGUCCGUAAAAAGAAGCAGCAGUGCAUCACGAACAAGCUCAUUUAGGAAAAGUUCCUUUAUGCUAAGUCCAUUUAGGCAACAAUUCACUGAUAAUGCUCCUCGCACUUCACCAAGUCCUGAAGAGAAUGCGAUAGCCUCAACGCCCUCAGAAAAAAACAGCUCACCACUAAUCGACAAAAAAUCAUCCAAGAAGAGUAGGUCAAAAAGAAGAUCAGUUAGCGCAAAGGAAGCUGAAAAUUUCACGGAAGUUGUAAAAGAUGAUAAAAAUAAGAGAUCUGCGAGCGAGGCUGUCAGAAGUGAAGCACUCAAGGGGAAAAGCUUGCGUCAAAUGACCGCUAGACCUGUAGCCAAGAAAAAGCAAACCUCCGCAUUUAUAGAGGGUUUAAGAAGUAUCAGCGUUAAAGAGGCAAUGAAAGAUGCUGACUUUUCUGGUUGGAUGAGCAAGAAAGGAAGCGGUGCCAUGAGUACUUGGAAAACCAGAUUUUUCACAUUGCAUGGUACCAGGUUAUCCUACUUUAGUUCCACUACGGACACAAGAGAAAGAGGUCUCAUCGAUAUUACUGCUCAUCGCGUUGUACCCGCUAAGGAAGAUGAUAAACUUGUAUCAUUAUAUGCAGCUAGUACAGGUAAAGGCCGGUAUUGCUUCAAAUUAUUACCUCCGCAACCAGGUUCAAAAAAAGGUUUGACAUUUACGCAACCUCGCACGCAUUAUUUUGCAGUAGACAAUAAAGAAGAAAUGAGAGGUUGGAUGGCUGCAUUAAUUAAGACCACCAUUGAUAUCGACACAUCGGUACCAAUCAUCAGUUCCUAUACAACGCCGACGGUUUCCUUGAGCAAAGCACAAGAGAUGUUAGCAGAAGCAAGAGAAGAGACCAAGCUAAGGGAACAGCAAAUGCUGGAAAAUGAGGAAGACGAGGAUCAAUUUCUAUGGGAUCAACAACAACUGCAACAGCAGCAACAUGAUAAUAAUCAAGGCCAAGCUGAUCGCACAAUAUCAGCGUCAACCCAACGGACUUCCGACGAGGAUAAUACUAUAUCCACUCCAAACUUAUCCUCCGCUACAAAUACCACUCUUGGCUCAAACGGAUUUUCCAGCCCUUUCUUACUAGCUUCCGGGUUGUUAUCACCUGGAGUGGCUCGCAACAACAGCGUGCGUGGACCAGAGAAAAAGGGUAAAUUCUUAACGGAAGAUGAUUACUUCGGGGAUAGCUUAAAACAUAAGGCCGACAAACCAUAG